AUGCUGCUCACAUCCUCUGGCCACCGCUCUCUGCGGUCGUCAUCAUGCAUCGACUCACCAGCUGCUCGCCUCUCGCUCGCCGACGGCUGGGAGCGAGAGGCUCAGGCCUUCCUCGAGGCCGGUCGCGACUGGGAGGCGGUCGGACGAGCGCUUCGCGACUCGCCCGAAGCUCCCGAGGAGACCGUGAUGGGCCGCCUGCAGGCGGCGCUGGAGCCGCUGCUGGCCUCGGCGCACCACGGCCUCUUCCUCUCCUCGGCCGGACGGACCGACGCCGGCGUCUCCGCCACCGGCCAGCUGGUCACCUUCUACUCGUGGGUGCCGCUCUCGCCAGAGCAGCUGCACGCGGCGGUCGCAGAGGCGGCGCCAGCGCCGCGCACGCUCGUCCUGCGCGCCGCCCGUCGGGUGCCGCGCGCCUUCCACGCCACCUUCGCCGCCACGCGCCGGCGGUACACCUACCUGCUGCCGGCGAGCCCGGGCGGGGACGUGCCGGCGGAGGCGCUCGAUGCUCUGCUCAAGCCGCUGGCGGGCGCCGCGCGCGACUACCGUGCCCUCGGCCGCGGACUGCCCAAGGGGAAGGACCCGUCCACGCGCAUCCUCGCCGCCGCCGCGUCGCGCGUCGCGCUGCCGUGCGGGGCGGAGGCGGUCCGGCUCGACGUCGCAGGCGACCGGUUUCUGCGCCGGCAGGUUCGCACGCUCGUGGCGACGGCGGUGCACGCGGCGCGGAGCCGGCCCGGCGACGAACUCGCGUUGCUCGACCUCGCGACGUGUGGCGAUGUGCACCGCACCGCACCCGCCGCGCCCGCGAUCGGGCUCUGUCUGGCCGAGGCGGGCUACGGCGCGGCAGCGCCAGACGAGGCUCAGAGUCGUGGAGAGUCGGGGGGGUGA